AAUCAAUCAUCCCCUCCUUCUUGACUUUCAAUCAACCUUUGGCUCUCUGGACACAACAACCAGCUUUGAUAGAAUAUCCAGAGCAGCAUUUACCUCUCCCCCUACCCUUACCCCCGGUCCUGAUCUAAAGAAGCAGCGCCAAGCGCCGACGACACCAUGGCCGACAAGGACCCCCGCGAGGUGACGCUCCUGGUCCCCUCUGAGGACCCCGAGAAGAAGGAGGACACCAAGCCAAAGCACGACAAGGGAAAGGAGCCCGGUACCGACAAGGACAAGGAUGAGCCCGAGAUUUCGGAGGAGGACCUGCAGCUCAAGUCGGAGCUCGAGAUGCUUGUCGAGCGCCUCAAGGAGCCCGACACGUCGCUGUACCUCCCCGCCCUCGAGUCUCUGCGCACGCUGAUCAAGACGUCGACGUCGUCCAUGACCUCGGUGCCCAAGCCCCUCAAGUUCCUCAGGCCGCACUACGCCGAGCUUGGCCAGAUCCGCGACAGCUGGUCUUCCGACCUGAAGGAGCAGCGCGCGCUUCUCGCCUCGAUCCUGUCGGUGCUUGCCAUGACCUACUCGGACACGGGCAAGCGCGACACGCUCUACUACCGCCUCAUUUCGGGCUCGGAGGAGGCUCCCGGAUCCUGGGGCCACGAGUAUGUUCGUCACCUCGCUGCCGAGCUGGGUGAGGAGUACGUCCAGCUCGUGGAGCACUCGGACGACACCGAGGCUGCCACGGACGGCGAGGUCGCCAACGGUGACCAGACCAACGGCGACGACGCCCACCCCAAGCGCGACUACAAUGUCGAGCAGCUGCGCGCCCUCGGCCUCGAGUUGGUCGACUUUUUCCUCAAGCACAACGCCGAGGCGGAUGCCGUUGACCUGCUCCUCGAGCUCGAGUACAUCAACGUCAUUGCCGACAAGGUCGACGACAAGACGUACAACCGUGUCUGCCAGUACAUGGUCAGCUGCGUGCCUCUGCUUGUCCCUCCAGAUGAUGAGCAGUUCCUCCGCACUGCCGCGGCUAUCUACGCCAAGCACGACCGCCUGCCCGAGGCUCUCGCGCUGGCCAUCCGCCUCCACGACCGCAAGCUCAUUCGCAAGUACUUUGAGGCGCCUACCAAUGCUGUUAUGAAGAAGCAGCUCGCAUUCAUCCUCGCCCGUGCCAACGUUCCUAUUCACUGGGUUCACACUCUCGACACUAUGGAGCCUGAGAGCGACGAAGGUGACGAGUGGGGAACGCCCCCCGACGAGCUUAGCGAGGAGCUUGCCCAGUGCCUCGGAAACCACAACCUCUCCACGCACUUCCGCAAGUUCGGCAAGGCUGUCGGUGUCGAGGACCCCCGUACCCCCGAGGACAUUUACAAGACGCAGCUCGAGUCGCGCUCGAUCGGCGCCCACUACAACUCGGCUCGUGACAACCUCGCGUCAACGUUCGUGAACGCGUUUGUCAACGCCGGCUUUGGAAAUGAGAAGCUUGUCGUCCAGGCGCCCGAGGGAGAGAGCUUCAUCUACAAGAACAAGGAAAGGGGCAUGCUCAGCGCCACUGCCAGUGUCGGAUUGAGUCUGCUGUGGGACCACGAGGGCGGUAUCGACCACAUCGACAAGUACACCUACUCGCCCGAGGAGCACAUCAAGGCCGGCGCCUACCUUGCCAUUGGUAUCCUCUACUCCAACAUCCGCACCCAGCCCGACAUGGCGUGGGCCCUGCUCGAGGAGCACGUCGACAACCCCAGCUCUGAGAUCAAGAUCGCCGCCAUCAACGCCUUAGGUAUGGCCUACGCCGGCUCGGAGAGACAUUACCUCGUCGAGCGCCUCGCUCCCUACGUUGCCGACGACUCGUCUUCUGUCGACGUUGCCGCCAACGCCGCGCUCGCCAUGGGCUUUGUCUACGUUGGCUCGGGCAACGGUGAUGUCGCCAGCACCAUCCUCCAGACCCUGAUGGAGCGUGAGGCUUCGCAGCUCGACUCAGAGUGGAGCGUCUUCUUCGCUCUUGCCCUUGGUCUCAUCUUCCUUGGCCGCCAGGAGGCUGCCGACGCGACUCUCGAGACCCUCAAAGUCAUUGAGCACCCCAUUGCCCGCUCGGCCGAGGUCCUUGUCGAGGUCUGCGCGUACGCUGCUACCGGCAACGUCCUCAAGGUCCAGUCGAUGCUGCACAUUUGUGCCGAGCAGCCAUCAGCCGCCAAGCCCAAGGCGGAGGAUGGAGCUGCGGCUGAGGGAGAGGCCAGCGGCGAGGCGAGCGGUGAGGCCGGUGCGGCGGCGGCGGCGGCUGGUGACGUCGACAUGGACGCCGCAGCAGGAAGAACAGUUGGCGGCGACGACGCUACUGCCGACGAACCAGCCGAGCCCGUCAAGGCCGACUUGAGGCAUCAGACCAUGGCCGUCAUCGGUAUUGCUCUUGUCGCCAUGGGCGAGGACGUUGGCGCCGAGAUGGCGCUGCGACAGUUCCAGCACCUCAUGACCUACGGCGACCCCGCCAUCAGGAAAGCCGUGCCCCUCGCCCUUGGUCUCAUUUCCGCCUCCAACCCCCAGCUCACCAUCCUCGACACCUUGUCAAAGUACUCGCACGACUCGGACCUCGACGUGGCCGUCAACGCCAUCCUCGCCAUGGGUCUCGUCGGCGGCGGUACCAACAACGCGCGUCUGGCGCAGAUGCUCCGCGGCCUGGCUGUCUACUAUGCCAAGGAGCCCGACUGCCUGUUCAUGGUGCGCAUUGCCCAGGGUCUCGUUCACAUGGGCAAGGGUACUAUCGGCAUCAACCCCUUCUUCCAUGACCGCCAGAUCCUGUCUGGUAACGCUGUCGCCGGUCUCCUGGCGCUGCUGGUGUCGUUCACCAACGCACGCCAGUUCGUCCUCGGCCAGCACCACUGGCAGUUGUACUGGCUCGCCCUGGCCAUGUUCCCCCAGUUCCUCAUCACGCUCGACGAGGAGACCGAGGAGAAGGCCGUCACGGUGCGCGUCGGCCAGGCCGUCAACACGAUCGGAUUGGCAGGCACGCGCAGCGGCAUCUCGGGCUUCCAGACGCACCAGACACCAGUGCGCGUCGGCACGACCGAGCGCGCCGAAAUGGGCACCAACGAGUUCUUCCCGUACACGAGUGUGCUGGAGGGCUUUGUGUUCAUCAAGAAGAACGACCAGUACGACGCCGAGGACAACUAGGGAGAGAAGUAGAGACGACGCGGUUGGUUGCAUAGGGCGCGACGGCGCCGUGUAGACUGAGCAUCAGAUGUGGAAUGCAAUGUUGCAGUGAACACAAG